CGACCCGGAAGGUCUGAACUCCGACUGAAGGCAAGCAAAAGGAACAUCUUAUUAUUUUAUAAAAUAUCAUUAAAUCUACCAUCGAGGUGUCAGGAUGGCUGAACCUCGUUUUAAUAAUCCCUACUUCUGGCCCCCACCACCCAACAUGCCUGGCCAGCUGGAUAACCUUGUGUUGAUCAACAAGAUCAAGGAACAGCUGAUGGCUGAGAAGAUCAGACCACCCCACCUGCCGUCUUCCACAGUUCCCUCCCAACAGCAACUGCUGGGGAAUCCUACACAGACAGAAGGUGGGCAGCAUGUCCAGAUGUCAGUUGAGAAACUGCAGCAGAUGCAACAAGAACUCCAUGCCCACAGCCCGUCCCAGCCAGACAUUGCCCUGCACGCCCGGCCGGCCUCCAGCUCUGUGGCAGGUCUGGCGCUUUCCUCUCGAAUGGGCAACCAUAACACCUCAGAGGCCGUCACUCUGACCACACCCACCUCCAACAGCUUGAGCCGACUAGGCGGAGCCCCUUCACCACAUCAUGUCCUCUCAGGCUUGGCCAGUGGCCCUGGGAUGGAGCAAAUCAAAAGUAACGGAGGCCUUGCUGGACUGCUGGGGCCCCCUCCCAAGAUGGAGGGGCGAGGGCGUAAGAAGAUAAAAGCUGAGAACGGUGGUGGCUCUCUGUUGGUGGUGCCUUACCCCAUCCUAGCCUCAGGCAACGACCAAUCCUGCCACACCAUCACCCCCAAACCGGGCAAAUGCUACAGGUGUAAAUCGUGCCCGCUGACCUUCUUCUCCAAGUCAGACAUGCAGAUCCACUCCAAGUCCCACACAGAGGCCAAGCCUCACAAGUGUCCCCACUGCUCCAAAUCCUUCGCCAAUGCAUCCUACCUGGCCCAGCACCUCCGCAUACACCUGGGCGUCAAACCUUAUCACUGCUCCUACUGCGAGAAAUGCUUCCGCCAGCUCUCCCACCUGCAGCAGCACACCAGGAUUCACACUGGAGAUCGGCCCUAUAAAUGUGCCCAUCCAGGUUGUGAAAAAGCCUUCACUCAGCUCUCCAAUCUGCAGUCUCAUCAGAGACAGCACAACAAAGACAAGCCCUACAAGUGUCCGAACUGCUACCGUGCCUACUCGGACUCCGCCUCACUGCAGAUCCACUUGUCUGCGCAUGCCAUCAAAAACGCCAAGGCCUACUGCUGCAGCAUGUGUGGCAGAGCCUACACCUCAGAGACCUACCUUAUGAAGCACAUGUCCAAACAUACGGUGGUGGAACACCUGGUGAGCCAUCACUCUCCACAGAGGACGGAUUCUCCCAGUAUCCCCAUACGGAUCUCCCUCAUCUGAGCACUUCGCCCUGACACCCUACCCCUGACACCCAUGGAGGAACUCCCUGUAAGGUUACCCCUCCACUUAAGCGUAAUCAAUCCCAGAUAUUGGCUUUUAUUUGUUUGUUUGUAUACCCCAUGUGGGUUUCAAAAAUGUGUCAAACUGUAUUUGUACCUUAUCAAGAGGUAGACUUUUUCCCCCCUUUUUUUCUGUCAUCUAUAUGGUGUGGUUGGGUAAUGUUUGGGACAUCCAAAGAUGAUUUUACAGCACUUUCAGGCCUCAUAGUAUUGGCCAAAAAGGUUUUUAGUCUACUAAGACAAUAAAAGGCAUUGCUCCAGGCAGCUAAAAAGUUAACCAUAGGUGUUAUAAUGCAUUAAAGGACCACUCCUACUAUGUUUUUUAUAUUGUCCUUUUCUCUCUUUACGCUUUGCAAAAGUAUAUUUACAUUGGGAACUUUACCUUCCUUUUGGUUAGGUCAACUAAAUCAUGUAUCCAAGCAUUUUUUUUGCCACUCCUAAUGUCAAUGUUUGCAUCACUUUUGUUACUUAAAAAGGAAUUGUUCUCAUGUAAGCUUUAUAACGCUUAAGUAUGUCUUUUAGACAACAAUGCACACAAAAGGCUUUCAAAUCAGAGGGCCAAUACCUAUGUUUUAUUGUUGUAGUUUUCAUCUUGUUAAUAUUAUUGUCCAUGGUAUUAAAAAGGACACUGCUUAAGGCAAUCCUGAAAAGCACCAAAAUAUAUUUUGAAUCUGAUGUUGGUAUUUGUAGAAACUCAGCAUGUAAGAGUAAAAAUAUUUUGGUGAUGUAUUGAAGAAAUGUAGCACAAAGAAUUGUCCAUAAUGGAACUGACAUAUUUGUUGGUUCAAGCCAUUCCAGUACCUGACAGAUUUUCAACAAGAUUUGAAUGGAGGCAGACAACUAAUUUCAAAUCGAAAUGUAUGAAAUAUCUUAACACACAUUCCAUUAUAUGUAACAUUUCAAUGUGACUCGAUUGAACCCUCUACCAUGUGUCAUGCUGUGGUCAAUUACAUGCAUGAGCUCUGCCUGUGUGCUACAAAGAUUUGUUUACCGACGUUGAUGAGGAAGGGGUCUCAUAUUUCCUUUUAUCUUACCUAUGAAAUAGGAAUGGAAAGUACAAAUACGAGAAUCCACAGGUUUGAAACCAAAUGAAUGUAAUCCUUUUUCAUUUGUAUAUUUUCCCCAUGUCUGCCAGUGAUGGAUAUGGUGUGCUGUCUGGUAGAAAAUGGCAGAGCACAUUGCAAAAUGUGAUACCUCCUGGCCUUUCAUUGGUUAACACCUGUGAAACUCUUUGCGAAGAACAACAUGUGCUCCUUUUCUAUUGAGUGAUUAUUUGUACAUAUAUUCUGCAUCUAUGUCCUGCAGGUUAUUUUAUGCCCUUUAAUGUUUAAAUUGAAAAUGAGUAAAUUCCUGUUUUGGGUGUCCCAUGAAAUAUGUAUAGAUAUCUUUAUGUACAAAAAGACCUCCUUGUGUCUUGUAAUCAUUUUGCUCUCAUGUGUCAUGUAUGAAUGAUUAACAUUUUGUUAAUUUUAUACGCAUUUAAGCCUUAACUUUUAUCAUUGUAUUACAUUUUAUUUGUCCCAUAUUGAUGCCUCUCCGUACCCAGUGUUUUAUGCAUUUUAUUUCA